AAAGCAAAACCACAAGAAAUCACUGAAAAGACAAAAAAUGGCUCUCUCCUUGCAACCGCUCUUCUUAGCAAUAACGUUCCUGUUGAUGGCAUCUCUGAUCGGGUCCUCCGAAGCUGUUCGAAUUUCCACCUAUUGGGGCCAAGACGCUACCGAAGGAAGCCUGAAGGAGUUAUGCACUGAAGGUACUGUUCGCUACGUGAAAGCUCCUGUUCAGUACGUGAAUAUUGCCUUUCUGAGAAAUAUUGGUGGUGGCCGAACACCUGAAUUGAGUUUAAGGCAUUGUAAUUCGACCACUUGCCCCUUACUAAGUUCGGAGAUAGAACUUUGCCAGAGCCUAGGCAUCCAAGUGUUAAUUUCUCUUGCUGGAGCUCCGAACCUUUCUUCCACCGCUGAAGCUUACGAAGUGGCAUCCUAUAUCUGGGACAAUUUCUUAGGUGGCAGUUCAAGCUCUCGUCCAUUAGGCGAAGCUGUUUUAAAUGGUGUAGACUAUCAUAUCCACUCUGGAAAGCCAGAUUUCUUGGAUGAUCUUGCUCGGGCACUGUCGGGAUACAACACACCAGAAAAUAAGCAGGUGUACUUAGCUGCUGGACCCGAAUGUCUUCUGCCUGACCGUUGGCUUGACGCUUCUAUCAGAACUGGCCUUUUUGAUUACGUGUGGGUGGAAUUUUUCGACAAUCCAACUUGUCAGUAUACCCCAGACAAUCUCAUUGCCCUCUUCCAGAGUUGGAACGAGUGGGCUUCGUAUCCAGGCGUUAAUGCACUAUUCCUGGGAAUUCCUGUAUCCCCAGAGGUCGCACCUGACGGCGGUUACAUCCCAUAUGAGGUGCUAGUUAGCGUGGUUCUUCCCUUUGUGGAGACCUAUGUCAACUUUGGAGGGAUCAUGCUUUGGCCCUACCGUCAUCAUCACCCACACCCACAUUACAGUGAGAAAUUCAGGGUGCAGUCCUAUGCUGCUAUCUAAUCAGUUCCUGUCGUUAUCUAUUGGCAGAUGAAAUGUAGUCCUGGCUCUUCAUGCCAGAGGCAAAAAUGAUAAAUAAAAAAUGGGUUAUCAAUCCCCAAAUUUAAAUAAAUUGCUGAAUGAAGCGGGAUCAUGUUUGAUUUCGAA